AUGGACGCGCCUGCCUUCAAGAAUCACGCUCAACACCCGAUUGCAAUUGUUGGCGGCGGGCUCGGCGGCCUCGCUCUGGCUAUAGGGCUACUCAAACAUGGGAUACACGUCCACAUAUACGAAUCAACGGAAGCGUUCUCAGAGAUAGGUGCAGGUGUAGCAUUUGGUAUCAAUGCAACAACUGCUCUGUACCUGAUCGACCCGAGGCUGCUCGAAGGGUACAAGAAGCAUGCAACGUUCAAUGCAGAUCAUGAUCGCGACAGCACCUUUAUGUCUUUCCGGUGGGGCAUGGAUGAAAGUAAACGCGACGGAUGCAAAGCAGGAGAGCCAAUAUGGGAUCUUGACGACGACUGGCAGCCUGAGCGCGCAAAAGCUCUCGGUGUACGAACACGAAGCUGCAUUCACAGAGCACGUCUGUUAGACGAGCUUGUGGCGUUGCUACCAAAGGAUGUUACCAGCUUCAAGAAAAGCUUUGUGACUGCGGAUGAGCAGAAGGAUGGGACCCUAAUGUUAAGAUUUGCAGAUGACACCACUGCUUUGGCCAGUGCAUUGAUUGGCUGCGAUGGGAUCAAGAGCAAAGUGCGAGAGCUUGUUUGCGGUCCAAGAGUUCGUGCAACCUACGCUGGAGAGGUCGCUUACCGUGCUAUGGUACCUAGACUCCAAGCUGAGAAAGCACUCGGUGCAGAUUCUGCGUUUAACGGGACCAUUUACUGUGGUUACGGUGGAUACAUCGUUACCUACCCCGUCGAGAAUUGCGACUCAGUUAAUAUGGUAGCAAUACCGCACGAUCCAGGCAAGACGUGGACCUGGGAAAAGGACGAGUCCACAGUGCCAGCAACCACCACUGAGCUGCGUCAACGCUUCCAGGGAUGGUAUAAGCCGCUCAUCGACGUCAUCUGCGAAUACAGCCUGCCUCAUAAAUGGGCGUUGUUCGACUUGCAGCAUAACGCACCCUACUGCAGAAAUAACAUCUGCUUACUUGGUGAUAGCGCACAUGCUACAACACCGCAUCUUGGUGCAGGAGCCGGCAUGGCUAUGGAAGACGCAUACGUAUUGAGCCAACUGAUCGCUUCAGUUGCUGACGUUGCGCGCGUGGGGGAAGCUUUCAGAGCGUUUGACACUGUGAGACGACCACGCACGCAGGACUGCAUCGAGAAGAGUCGCAACGCAGCUAUGGCAAUGGACUUCCUCGAGCCGCAAAUUAUAGACGAUACUGCAGCCCUGAAAGAGGCUUUGAGAGCAUCGUACAAGUGGCUUUGGCACGAAGAUCUGGAGGCGCAGGUCUGCAAAGCAAAAGACAUACUGUAA